UAAAGGCAUGCCGGCUACCGCAUUCAAGAGAGACAUUCCUUAACAAAGAAAAGAGAUAAAUGUAAAUAAGCUCACAUUUUCAGAAUGAGCGGUUUGUUGUAAGAAGCUUCGGCAGCCCAGAGUCUGUUACUUUGGGCUGGGCGAAACUUUCCCUGUAAAAAAAUAUGGAUUAAAAUAUGCACUUCUAAAGUGCAAGUUGUUCAUUUACAUGUUUAUUAGCUAAUUGUCUACAGGCAUGAGCACAUUCUUUCAUCUUGCACACUCUUUCUUGGGGAGGAAAAUAUUUCUUACCAGUCUCUAGUCUCAAAGUGGUGAACCCUGCAGCCAGCAGGCCUUCUGAAAAAAAAAAAUCAAUGGGUGACAGAAGAUUCAUUGACUUUCAAUUUCAAGAUUUAAAUUCAAGCUUCAGACCCAGGUUAGGAAAUGCUACUGCCAAUAAUACUUGCAUUGUUGAUGAUUCCUUCAAGUAUAAUCUAAAUGGUGCUGUCUACAGUGUUGUAUUCAUCCUGGGUUUGAUAACCAACAGUGCCUCUCUGUUUGUCUUCUGCUUCCGCAUGAAAAUGAGAAGUGAGACUGCUAUUUUCAUCACCAAUCUGGCCCUUUCUGAUUUGCUCUUUGUCUGCACUCUACCUUUCAAAAUAUUUUACAAUUUCAACCGUCACUGGCCUUUUGGUGACACCCUUUGCAAGAUCUCUGGGACUGCAUUCCUCACCAACAUCUAUGGGAGCAUGCUAUUCCUCACCUGUAUUAGCGUGGAUCGUUUCCUGGCCAUUGUCUAUCCCUUCCGAUCUCGUACCAUUAGGACAAGGAGGAAUUCUGCCAUUGUGUGUGCUGGAGUCUGGAUCCUAGUCCUUAGUGGUGGUAUUUCAGCUUCUUUGUUCUCCACCACUAAUGUCAACAAUGCAACCACCACCUGCUUUGAGGGCUUCUCCAAACGUGUUUGGAAGACUUAUCUGUCCAAGAUCACCAUAUUUAUUGAAGUUGUUGGUUUCAUCAUUCCUCUGAUAUUGAAUGUCUCUUGCUCUUCUGUGGUGCUAAGAACCCUUCGCAAGCCUGCUACACUGUCUCAAAUUGGGACCAAUAAGAAAAAAGUGCUGAAGAUGAUCACAGUGCAUAUGGCAGUCUUUGUGGUAUGCUUCGUACCCUAUAACUCUGUCCUCUUCCUGUAUGCCCUAGUGCGCUCCCAAGCCAUUACCAAUUGCUUGUUGGAAAGAUUUGCAAAGAUUAUGUACCCAAUCACCUUGUGCCUUGCAACUCUGAACUGUUGCUUUGACCCUUUUAUCUAUUACUUCACCCUUGAGUCUUUUCAGAAGUCCUUCUACAUCAAUACCCAUAUCAAGAUGGAGUCCCUGUUUAAGACUGAAACACCUCUAACCACAAAGCCUUCCCUUCCAGCUAUUCAAGAAGAGAUUAGUGAUCAAACAACACAUAAUGGUGGUGAAAUGAUGUUAGAAUCUACCUUUUAGGUAAUGAGAACUGUCUUUUUAGGUCCAGAUAUGGUCUUUCUUAUGAAUUUUCCUAUGCUAUGAACAAGACAGUUUGAAGCUAAUGAUACUGAAAAUAGAUUAAUGUACUGAAUACAGUCAGAUACAUUUAUUUGAAUGUUUAUUGUGCAUAUGCUGUUUUGUUCAAUAAUUAUAGGUCAGGUCUAAUUACAACAACCAAAAGAGAUUGCCAAACUCUUCUGCUGUGUUUUAAUUUCAUUGUAUCACAUUAUAUGAGUAGCCAGUGGCCUUGACAUUAGUGAUAUGGAGAUUAUUUUAAAAUUUUUUAAAAAGAUAUUUCCACUCUGG